AUGGCCUCUCACAAUUCCCAUGACAAGCCCAUCCCAUAUCGUCCCACUCCGACUGCUUUUACGGCGGUGACGGGACAGACACAGUCCACCCAACAACGGGCGGCUGUGCCGACUAAGACGUACCAAACGCAACGUUACCUCUCAGAGGCAUCCGCAGAUUCUUCCUGGAGUCCGGCCAAUCGAUGGCAUGCGAGUAAGACCGAAGACCUCUUGAGAACAGCACGAACAGCAGAGGCUCGGCAGUUGAACGCGCUAGUUGAUCAACGCCAUGUUGACCCGCCAGGUGCCUCGUACCAAAUUCCGCCAACGAAGAAGACGGUCUGCUCAGAUCCAGGCAGCGCGGCUCAUCGUGCCGACCAUGACAGAACUCCGACACUCGCCCCCAUGAGACAUGAGGAACAGGAUGGAGCAGGACUUGGAUCAACCUCACAACGGAGAGCGGAAUCUCCUCGUGCCAGUCCCGUACUCGCCCCGUCGUACGCUGCGAUCGGAAAAAGCAGCCGCCCUCCAGCUGCAACAUCGGCCACUGAUUACGAAGUGAGUGCAUUACAGUCCAGUGCAACGAGCUUCGUGGCGUUGCUCGAAACCUUUGGCAUCACAUACAAUGCACACGGCGCACGCGAGCACGCGUAUGUGUCGCGAACCUCCGGCACGCCACCAUCCAGCGGCAACCAGAGUGCACGAUCUUCCGAGGUCCCGGGCAGGCGGCGACCUGUAACUUCUAGGGUCCAGCGAGACUCCGAGUCCGAAGGAGACGAACCAGGCCCGGUUGAUCCACAGACGGAGAACAUCUCAGAGUCCAUCGAUAAGCGUUUCGCUUGUCCUUUCUUCAAACUCGAUAGCGGCCUGUAUAAGGCCUGUAAAGUCUUCGGACCUAAGGUGAACAGAAUUGAGACAAUCAAACGUCACGUAACGGGUCCGAAGCACGAGCAGUCUCCACACAUGAACCAUACUAAGCGCCAACAGAUACUGGGACUCGGGCGCAUCCCAGAUCCGGCGCAGCGGUGGAAAGUCAUGUAUGCGAUAAUAGCUGAGAAGGCAGUGAACGACCCUGGCAUACCGUCACCCUACGUUGGCACAUGUGCUACAAGAUCACGUCCGGCUCGUCAACUACAACUUUCCAUGACCUCCACUCCUUCGAAUCCGGACGCGCAAGCGUAUUUCCAGGCGGCGGAGCAAGUCAGACGGCAGUUGUUGGAUCAUCUCGCCGCAAUUGAAAACCAAGUGAACUCACGUAUACAAGCGGCACGGCAUGAUGGGAAUAUGCGGGGGGCGGCUGCUCGAGCCGAAGCAGAGACCAGGCUGCGCAGGCUGGGCGACCGCUUUUUCAGUGGUUUGCCGUUGGAUGGCGACGAAGCUGGCGAAUCGUCGCUCUCUGGCCAGCUCAACCGCGAGCAUGCCCACGACACAACCGCCAACUUCGAGCCUACAGCGCGAGGCCCGCUUGGUAUUGGGCUUAGCUCGCCACCUCUGCCAUGGCCUAUGACCGCCAAUGCCGAGGCUGGCAACACUGAAACCGUUGCUGCUGCUGCUGCUGCCGCCGCCGACCCUGAUCUAUAUGCCCGCCAGCGGUCGAGAAGUGACAGCACUGCGUCGCCACCGAAAGCCCCGACCUCGCCGCCUGGUGACUCGGGGUACAGCAGCCUGCCUGAAGACGGCCUCUACUGCAUCUGCGGACUUGGCCUCGAGUCAUGGUGCUUGGCGUGCGGAAAGCCCUGCAAUUAG